GGAGAGAGACGAGCCGAGGAGGACCACAAGUCUGAGUGCAGAAGAAGAAGAAGCGCCCGAGGAAGAAGAAGAAGAAGAAGGAGGAGGAAGAGGGUCAUCAUCCGACACUUGUCCAUCAUCUUCAUCACCUUCAGGACUUCGGUGUUCUUCCUCCCCCCCCCUGGCCUGACGGACCCACCAGCUCCUCCUCAUCAUGAACUACCUUCGCCGGCGCUUGUCAGACAGCAGCUUUGUGGCUAACCUCCCCAACGGCUACAUGAUGGAUCUGCAGAGGCCGGCCCCCUCAGGCUCCUCCACCUCCUCCCCCGCCUCCCCGGCCACAGAGAGGCGUCAGCCCCCGAGCGUCCCCACCCAGAGCCAGAGUUCUGGUUCUGGUUCUGGCAGCUUCCUCAGCUCCUUCUCCAGCGUGGUAAAGAGCGCGCAGGUGGCUCAGAACGUGGCCGCAGCUGCACACGCUAAAUCAGCCGCAGCUUCAGCAGCCGAAGGCUCCCCCGCUGGAGGAACUCAGCCGAGCAAACCUGCGAUCCGGAAACCCAAGAUCCUGCUGGUGGUCGACGACCAGCACACAGACUGGGCGAAGUAUUUCCGGGGGAAGAAGCUGAACGGAGAAUACGAGAUCCGAGUGGAGCAGGCGGAGUUCUCGGAGAUCAACCUGGCCUCCUACGUGGUCUCGGGGUGUAUGGUGGACAUGCAGGUCAACAAAGGCGGCACCAAAGUCGUCAGGUCCUUCAAGCCCGACUUUGUCCUGGUUCGCCAACACGCUUACAGCAUGGUACCAGGUGAGGACUUCAGAAACCUUGUGAUCGGCCUUCAUUUUGGCGGCGUACCCAGCAUCAAUUCCCUCUUUUCUGUCUACAACUUCUGCAGCAAACCUUGGGUGUUUUCUCAGAUGAUUAAGCUGUACCGCUCCCUCGGCCCAGAGAAAUUCCCCCUGAACGAACAAACGUUCUUUCCCAACCACACACAGAUGAUCACAACCCAGACCUUCCCUGUGGUUGUCAAGAUGGGCCACGCUUACGCUGGAAUGGGAAAGAUUAAAGUGGAAAACCAGCAAGACUUCCAGGACAUCACCAGUGUGGUGGCUCUUGCCGGGACCUACGCCACCACCGAACCUUACGUCCAGUCCAAAUACGACAUCCGCAUCCAGAAGAUCGGCAGCAACUAUAAGGCCUACAUGAGAACUUCCAUUUCUGGCAACUGGAAGGCGAACACUGGCUCCGCCAUGUUGGAACAGAUUGCAAUGACCGACAGAUACCGUUUGUGGGUGGACUCCUGCGCGGAGAUGUUUGGUGGCCUCGACAUCUGCGCUGUGAAGGCCGUCCACGGAAAGGACGGCAACGAUUAUAUCAUCGAGGUGAUGGACAGCUCCAUGCCUCUGAUCGGGGAGCACGUGGAGGAGGACAAGCAGCUGAUCACAGAGCUGGUCAUCAGUAAGAUGGCCCAGGUGCUGCUGGGAGUUUCCACGCCUCAGCCUUCCUCUGUGAAGACCACGCAGCCCAGACGAGGAGGACACCGCUCCGCCUCAGCCUCUCCAUCCCAGUCGGCCCAGGGGUCUCCUCAGAGAGCCCGCUCAGCCACCACCUCCCCCAGCCAGGCCUUCCAGCCCGGCCCCAUCCCGGCCCCCUCUGGGCCCGGAGCUCAGAAACAGGCGCCGCAACUCAACAAAUCGCAGUCGCUCACCAACACCUUCACGGAGACGUUACGAGGAAGUCUGACGGACGACGAGGCCAAGGCCGAGACCAUCCGCAGCCUCCGGCAGUCCUUCGCCAGCCUCUUCUCCGACUAGACGUCCUCAGGUCACAGAAACCAGAACGGAGCUUCUCGUCGAGACUUUUCUCUGCUCUGAACCCGGUUUUCUCUUCCUUCUCUGUAUUUGUGGAUUUUUUUCACCCUCAGAUCUAAAACGAGUCACUGCAGCUGCAGACCAGCUCUGAGCUCCGAGUCCUUCAGUCGGGACCAGAGGACGGAGCUUUGGCCUUUCUACAGCUCAAUG